AAUAAUGAGAGUAUAGUUAGGAUAUGAGUGUACGUUGGAGAUUAAAAUCAAGAAAUGUCCCAACAGUGAUACAGAAAUGGAGCGUUUUGACGGAAAAUACGAAUCAUCUCAAAAUUGGAGACUAAAUGCGCGCAAAAAUCACUCAAUGUUUGGAUGUGAGACUGGGAAGUAUGAUGAUGAUUUUCUUGGAACGCCUUCUAUUAGAAGAAGAUCCGACCAUAGAAAACAGAGAACAAAAGCAAAAGUCAACAGUGAACGUAAAAGUUAUCAUAUUAAAUCUAAACAAAACCAAAGAUAUUCAGAACCAAAUAUAGUCCAUCGAAAAAGAGGUUCUGAGUACCUGGAUCAAAGUCGGCACCCCAGAAACAUUUAUAUCAGUAUAAGGGAGAAACGUCAUGCAAAUAGACACAGAAGCAAGUACGUUCCUGCGCCGUCUGAUAUUUCAAGCAAAGAAACAAAACUGCAAACUCGCGAAAGUGUAAGAUCGCCCUCAAAUAGUCGCUCAACUUUCUGGCCACUUUCAGACGAUAAAACAAAGCAAAAUCUCGAAUACCGUACAAAUAGUGCUAAUGCUUCACAUAAAAAAUUAAAAUUAUCGGGAAAUGUUCAACCAGCAAGAAUAUUAUUUCGGCAAGAUGCCGAAAAGAUUGAUCGAACUCAAGUAAAUGAGCCGCAGACUAAAGUACAGGGGUUUGGGACACUUUUAGAAGCUGCUACGGAUCAUAAUUGUAUGCGGCAGUCGAACCUACAAAAUACACAUAAUAAGGUGUCCUUGUCACCAAAAAUUGUGACAUCCGAAUGUCCCGGAGACAAAAUAGGCAACGCUCAGCCGUGGUCGAGAAAUCCUUGCCCUGUAUUUUACAACAAUAAAGACUCGUUCAAAAUGCCAGAUGCAUCUAAAUUAAAUGUUGGCAAUCAUAAGAAUCAUAGCGACAGUUUGGCUCGAACUUCAUCGGAACAUUAUCUGGCAGCUGAAUCGAAUGAAUCAAUUUCUGAAGGCCCUGAAGCAAAAAUGCGGAAAGAGUCGUCCAGUAAAAUGAGGGACGAAAACAAAUUGGAAUGCAAUCAAAAGUCUGCCUAUAAAUGUAAAAUAUCCGUUAGUCAACGUUAUUCGGAUAGACUAAAAUCGUCGAAUGAAUCAUCUAACAGUCGUGUUCGACAUCGAGAAACAAAAGAGAAAGAGUCGGAAAGACAAAGAUUACACCGAGAGCGAUUAAAAGAGACACGCCAAAAAUCCGAUCAAAGUUCAAAUCGUGUCGUUUCUGUAUUACAUGAAAAAGACGAUAUCAAAGAAAGAAAUGUCGCAGUAACGGGUGAAGUAAAAACACCAAAAGCAGAAAUGCGAGAUGAAAAAUCUGAUCACGGAUCGAUUCCACUUCCUCAAAGUGACAAAACAGAAGAAAAACUAAAAGUUUUUAUUCCAGCCGUUGACAUACCAAUACAAGAGCAAAGUGUUCUGAACAACUACGAAGAGUCUAUUUCCUUGACAGCGGAUGAGUUUCUGGUUUACGGAGUUGGCGAUAUUUCCAAAGUUUCAUCAAAAGCUACACUGGAUGAAAAUAAACGAUUGAAACUCCGUAACUGCGGGCGACCCUCGAAAGCCCUAGAGAAACUCAAAGAACAUGAGGUUAAAUUCCACAAGGUUGAGUUGUUCAAAUCAGUGCCGAUGGGAGCUCGUCGGUCUGAAAAUAGAAUAUUUGCUCACGGAAUCGAAGCAGUUUACGCAGUUCCUAAAGUUUGUGCAAUAGCGUACGCUUCUCGUGCAGUAUUGGCGUAUGAAGCAUGUAUAGCCAAGUUCCUCUACCUCUUUUUCGGGGACUAUGAGCUGGCCGCUUGUCUAUUGAGGUGCUACGUUUCCACUCUACACAUCACAAAGGCGAACACUCUAAUCAAUGCGCCGGAUAUAGACGAAUUGGAAGCUGAUAGUGCGGCCAAGUUACCGAAAAUACAAACAAGAUUCACGAUGCAAGUUAACUCAGUCGCGAAAUUGCAAUCGGAACAUUUUGAUCGGACAGCUCUAGAAGCGGAGAAUCCAUCAAUUACUGCGAAUCCAGACGAGUACAGAAAAGUAGAAGUUACUGACACGCAAACUGGUUCUAGUGGAACCGAGGAUACUGAAAGGUUAAUCCGAUUUCCCAGUUUGAAAACGUCUCAAGGUAAAAUCUCAGACGAAAGAAAGACCGCAGCUGGUUCAAAAGCGACAGAAAAACUUGACUUUACUAGCUCAAAUUUAUCCAAAAAACUUGAUUCAAACACGUGCCGUGUAAAAAACUCGAAAUUAAAUACAUUUAUUGAUAAAAUGUUUAAAGAUAAAUUAUCAACUGGAGAGGAGAAGCUAAAAGAUGAUGGGAAUUCGAAAUGGACAAAAAUUAAUCCCCCUAAAGCGACAUCUUUUCAAGAAAGUUUUGACCCUACCUGCGCAAACGCGAUAGUUGGUUCAGCUCUUGAAAGUUCGAAUAAGAAGCUCGAGCAUAAAAAGGCGAUAACUUCCAACUACGGCAAAGUGCACUUAUCUGAGACAGGAAACGAGACCAUGUUGCAAUCUGAGAAUGAACCAGUGCUUAAGAACGAUUCCAAAAAGCUUAAAGAUGACCGAGGUGAUACUGAUUUUAAGAACGACUCGAUUGCUUCGCGUUUGCGAGAAUCUAGAGCGCGAACUGGAUGGUUACAGCGAACAAGCGUCACUGACCAAACGACUGUAUCAAGAAAUGACAGCAGUAUGUCAAGUCAAAAUCAAAUCGAUCCAAUUCAUCUUGAAAGCAGCUCACAGGGAGGCAAAUUAUUAAAAUACCCGGAAGGUUUUUCCGGAAAAGAUCCAGUGAAAAUAUGCCAAACGGACUCGAAACAAAAAAAAACUGACCACGCACCUCAACCAGCAUCAUUAGAACCUGGAAUUGGAAUGAAUGCUGUUAAAAAGAGAGCUAAAGAACUGUGCAACAUUUUACUCGAUUCUAAAUCUUUUCCAGUGUCAUUUGCCUCUCACAGUUGUGGAAAUAUAAUAGAAAACAUUUUGAUAGAAUCUUGUUUCAAAUGUCUUGAAAAACUGAAGUCAGCCAACAAUAUCGACUUUGAAUCAAUUAAUUUACAAGAUUUAGAUGGAAGUCUUCUCAAAAUUGAGUUUGGUAUCAAAUCAACUCUAAAAAGUGGAAAUGAUGGCAGCAAAGCAAAAGAUGACAGUAAAAAUCAUUCCUCGAGAGCCUCGGAGUCUUCUGACGAUAUUCGGGUUGUUUUCGUUUUGAGUGAUGAUGAUGAUGAAGACAGCAACGAUCAAAAGUGUGACAAAAUUCUGAUCGAAAAGCCAUCUUCUUCUGCGUCUGUUUAUACUAAUCAUCGGGUUAUAAAUUACCAAUUAACUUUUCAUUUUGACAUUUUCACGAAUGAGAUGGGAGCGACUGUCAACUCAAUGCCUGUGGUUUGGAAAUACAGUCCAAAAAGUGACUCAUGGCGUGCGAAAUGUCAGAUAAGUGAACAAACAGUCGUCAAUACAAAUGAAAAAUGUAUGAAUCCUUCGGAUGCGCUUACGAAUCUGCUGAUAUUUUAUACUGAAAAUUUUCAGAGUCUGAAUAACUGCUGAAAGUAACUCACUAUCUCUUUGUAUAAACUUGGUGGAGUAAACUUCAGUUAAAUUUUUGUUUGAUAUUCAGUUAGUUAGUUAUUGUGAUCUUUUCUGUUCAAUUUUCACGUUGCUUAUUACUGUCGAUCAGAUAUUUCAGAAAGUUUCAGCUAUAAGGCCAAAAUUCGUUUAUAGUCAUUCCAGCUCCUUGUUAUUGCGAAGCAAUUCUCCAGAUUGUAAAGCAAUG